UUAAGUAGUCAAUUACUUUUAACAAAGACGUUAAUACGAAGAUGAUUGGAACUCUCUCAGCUUCACCUCCCGGCACUAUCAUUUUCAUAUUUUGUCAAUAAAGCACUGGCAUUAGUGACCUUGUUUCCGAUUCAUCGAUUGAUAUAAUCUGGCAUCUAGAGAUAGCUGUUUCCUCGGGUCAUAUCGGCUGUUUGCAGAAACCAUUGGCUACAUUUGUGUAUCGUCUGUUGCAUAGUCAACAAGCGCGCGGAUACACGAUCGCGCGGGAAUUUUUUGUUUUUUUUUUUCUAUUCUCUUCCAAGGGAAAGGGAUGUGAGAAUUUACAGUCUUAAUUUUUUUUUGUGAUCUUUAUAUUAAGCAGUGAAGUUUAAAAACAAUUUUGUGAAUAUUUUGGAUUAAGACACAGUUUUUAAAUUAACUUAAAAAAAGGAGUCGGUUAUCAAUUCGGGGCUUAUGUUUAUUCCUUCUGGUGUUGAAGGACAUUAAUUGGACCAUUCCAGUGGAUGGAAAUGGCGAAAGCCCUUCGAAUACAAUCGGGGAUCUUCACAAUAUGUUCAAGUGUGAAAAAUUGCGCUAUCUCUCUAAAUUUCUGGAAACUAAAAUGAAAAAUUAUUGAAGAAAGAUUGUCUUUAUGCCUCAAGAGAUGGCGCUACUACUCAUUUUCUGCUUGGCCAUUAUUUCACUUUGCGCUUCCAAUCCAAUCGGAGAGAUGUCGCUAGCCAACGUAACUCGAUUGGCCACAGGCGAUUUAUUUUCAUUGAUUGGAACCGAUUGUGGUCCCACACGUUGCAUGGAGAUUUCCCACGGGACGGCGUUGGCCGCAAUGGGGGGCGACAGCUCAUCAUGCAUGUGCCGAUGCCGCCGACAAAAUCCGGUUUUCCGCGAGGAUCAGCGCGUGUGCAUCAAUCAACUUGAUGAAUGUCUUAUGGCGAAAUUCGGUCGGGACGGAACAAAACCUCUGAUACCGUUCGUCUUUCUCCCAUUGAAAGGACAAAUUAUUUAUCCUUCAAAAGAAAUAAUAUUCACAGAUGUUGAAGAUGCCAUUUGUGCGGUAACAAGUGCUCAAUACCUAACUGCGUCAGGAUGGGUGAACCUACGUGACGUCAUAGACAAUGAUGUCCCAUUUGGCUUGUAUCGCGAUGAAGGCAGCACGUUCUUGCAGUGGCGUGGUUCGGCGGCCCUGCACGCUCGCUUAGAGGGUCGACUUGUGGCAGUCCAUGUAUUGUGUUCAGGAUCAUCAUCUACACGACUUGCAGCGUCGUGUGCAGCAUUCCGUGUGGCAGGCGCUUCACAAAAUGGAUUACUCGAUGUUCGGUCAAUACCGUUUCAUGCGGGCGAGGCAAUUCCCGCGGACUCUACUCCCCAGAGUCAGGGUCUGAGCGUCUUAGAAUCACUAGCAAUUGGUGUUUGCGUGUUGAUGCUGAUUUUCGUUUAUGCAGCAGGAAUUAUAUUUUACAUCCAUUACAAACAAAGACAAAAGAAAAAACAGAAAGAUGUCGAACAGAACAUGUCUGAUAAUGGUUCCGCUAUGGAACCUAGGCUUGACAUGAGCAACGUGAUGAUGAAGACAAAUCCGUUAUUGAAAUUGAAUGGUAUGGGAAACGAUUUUUUUAACAGUGAAAAUACCAUGUCUGAUGGCAGCGAAAAUAUGGAUGGUACCAUGGAUCCGCCGCAUAGCAAUUCUCAUAAAUUUCAGAAAACGAAUUCAAACGUAAUCUCAGCCAUGGUUCAUUCUCGUCGCAAAAAGCCUUCGAGACCUUCAAUUAGGUCUGUGUCAAGCUCAGAACAUUAUCAUGGACGAUUACAGAGACGCGCUACUUCACCUGACACCUUUGAAAGGGCUCCACAUUCAGAUUUGUCGAUAGUGGAUUGCAGCGUUGAGAAUAAUUCGUUCUCUAGUCGCCAACACAUACCUUCGAAUGGCGAAACGGCUCUGCGAAGAAAACUUUAUUUCAAUCCAGUUUUUUUUGAAACAGAACAUUUAAAGAACCCCCCACCGGCUGCGAUAGAUUUUUUAGAAAAAAUACGAGAAGUAAUGACGAUUGCGAAAGAUAAAAUGACUUCAAAAAGGUUCGUCCCAAUGCUUUCGGAAAUACCCGAAGAAGACCUUUAUCACACGAUAGAUCUUGGUUGGGACAUUCCGUGUGCUCGACGGGGUCGAAGAUUUAGUGCGAUUAGUCUCAAGCAAGAAAACAGUCGAAAGGCCAUGCAUUGUGGAGGCUGCCCAGGAUGCGACAAUAAUAUCAGACCACAAAAAGCCGUAGCUUUAACAAGAUCGAAUUCUUGUAAAUCUUGUGUAAGUGAUGAUUAUAAGCAAAGAAUAGUAAAGAAAUGGUUAGAAGAAGUUGCGACUCCAUCCAAGAAAUCACCAGUGAAAUCUGUUGCAAAGUUCAGUGGCCCUCCAAGAGUAGUAGAAUCGAAACUAAAGGAUCCGGUGCGUCCAAAGUCGGCGGAACCAUUAACAGUUAAAUCGAAUACAACAACUAAAGAUACCACUGAGAAUAUAGUCGAACAAAAUGUUAAAAAUGAUAAUUUAAGAAACGUAAAGUCAACCGAAGAUACAAAAACUGCUAACAAGCCAUCGAAACCCAAAGAAAGUCCAAUUGAAGAGAAGAAAAUCAGUAAGCCCACUAUAAGUCAUCCUAAGCCAAUAUCACCAAAUUUGAUAAUCGAGAAGAAAAGUCCAUCUAGUCAGACUUCCAGACAUAUUAGAAAGAAAUUGCCUCCUCCUCCUCCACCGCCAGUAAAACGACCCGAACCGCUUAAAAAGGAAGAUGUGGAACCAUUAACAAAGGAUGUUAAAGUUAGAAUGGAAGCAGUAAUUCGUGAAUUGAAUACUUGUGCAAGUGUUGAACCCUCGGAACUAGAGGAUAUGAAAUUGGAAACAAUUUCUCCCAUCGCUCCUAAGAUUGUUAUACCUGUCAUUGCUGCAGAUUCUUACUACAGCGAUGAUAAUAUGUUAACACUGGGUAGAAAUAAAGAAAUAUAUAUGAAUCCACAAGAAGAGUUUAUGGAUUACGAUAGUUUAGAACGUAGUUUAGUGAGGAGAAGAAGAUUUUCACUUGCCUGUGGUACAGAAUUAUUCCAAAAUGAAAUGGUAACUAGCGGAAGUAAGCCAGUCAAUUACGGAAGGCUAGCCAAAAGCUGGCGUGAUGUUAAAAAAGCAGUCGAAGAAGAGAAUAAAUUAAAUGCUCAUGUAUUUGGUCAACUUGAUAAUCGAAGUCAAUCCAUUAGUGAAAUUUCAGUUAAUACAUCAGAACCAAUGUAUGAUAACACUUCCAAUCCGGGUCCUUUGACAAUCCAAGUAAGAGGUUCUCCAAUUGAAACUAGGCGUAAAAUCAAAGAUGACUUCGAUCCUGACACACUUGAUAGGAAACCGAAGCAUGAAGUGAAGAAGCGAGUCGAAAAGAUAUUAUUAAAAUCAGCUGGUAGUUUCAAAUGUAAGUCAACGCCUUCCGAGAAUGAUACUUACAAAAAAUCCCCUCAAAUGGCAAUAACUCAGAAAAUCGGUAAUUUGCGACAAAUUUAUGAAGCAAAAGCUAAAGCUCAAGCAGAAGAGGUGCAAUUUUAUAACAGGCGUGGUAGCGUGCCUUGCGGUGGUCAAGAUAUUCAAGCUUUCAUGCGUUCGCUUAAAGCACCUGACUUAAUAAGACACAUCGAAAACCAAAAAGAGAGACCUCCAGUCCCACCAAAGCAAAGACGCGGCAUUGAUUUAUCUCCAAAAUUCUCUAAUAUGACUCGUGAGAGUCCACCAGGUGAACGUCGACGUGGCACUGAAGAGAAAGAUCGUUUCUCACAAUAUUCGAGAAUGGAAAACUUAAACGCUAGAAGAUCAGGUCGUCGGUCGGCUCGUACUAGAUCUAGGCGAACUGACCUAAGAAGACUAUACAGAACGGAAGAUUCAGGAUAUAUGAGUACUGAUUCCAACGAGUCUAAAAGAAGAGCCAGUUACUUAAUGCAACUUAGACCUAAAAUGAAUUUCCCGGAGCAUUCUCCAGCGGCUAUAGUGCGUACCGUCACGAAGGCACCAGUUACACAGGUGGAAUCAGAUACAGACGAUUUGGAAUCAUUGUGCGAUGGGCGAAGUGAAUCAGGUGGCGAGAGCGUGGAAACGGAUUCAGUGUUUUUCGGUAACUUCGACGACUCGAAGGAGAUGUUGGCCGAAUUAGGUUUAAAUAACUUCGAGACACACAACAAAAUAUCUGGAGGCCACGAACAAAUAGACUCCGGCUAUAUGGGGGAAACGAAUAUUAUUUUGAGUGGUGACAGCGACUCAGAGCACCGAAGCGUCAUUUCGAUAGUUACCGGAUAGUCGUGCGUCCGCCUCUUCUAAAUUAUAUGAACUCUCAUAUUUACACACAAUUGAGUGUUAGUUUAAAAUGUAGUCCUUGAGUAUUAGAUAGGUAGUCAUUAUAGCUGUCAAUUGCCAACCAACUUUAGUCUUUAGAAGUCUGAAAGAAUAAAGAGAGUAGAUUUUUAUUCUGUCAAAGAAUAUUUCGAAUGUACCUUUAGAAUAAAUUAGUGCCUCCUUUAAGUUUAAUGCUUAGUCCGAAUCAUACCUCACUAUUUUAUUAAUUAUACUUAUUAUUGUUUAACUCUUUAUUUUAUCUCGUAAGCAGGUUAUGUUGAUACAACAAGUUAUUCUUGCAAUAUAGUUUAAUGUAAACUUAAUACUGUAGUUAAAUUUGAUUUUAAGAAGGUAACGUUGUCAAUUUACAUCUUAAUUUUUACAUGCCAUUUUAUGUUUGUUUACUGAAUGAUUUUGUUUGUUGUAAAAAGUGUGUAAAUAAAUUUAUUUAGACGUUUAUGUAAAAAUUAUAGUCGGCCGGUUGUGCAAUUAAAUUUUAUAGUGUUUCCGUGGAUUUUAAAAUGGAUCGGAAUUAAAUAUUACGGUGCUGGUACGAAUAAGAGGCUCAUUAAUUUAUUGAUUUUUUUUUUAUUAUUAAGGAAAAGAAUAAUAUAAUUAGUUGAAUAAAAAGUUGGUUGGACGUGUGUAGGUAUACAAGUCAAAAUAUUUUCUUUACUUUGUCAGCAAAGUUAUAUUUGAAAAUGUUUUGGAUUUUUAUUAAAGCGUUGUGUUGUGUUAAAAUAAACUUUAUUUGUUUUACUACUUUUA